GCUGCAAGUGUUAGAUACACACUUCGCACUGUUGAAAAUUCUCAGAAAUUGCCAAUGCACAUUGAUUUCCUGUCAAGAUGAUGGAGAGAGAUCCCUCUGACGAAGAAGAGGAUCAAGAGAACCUGAUCGCGCAAAGAGAACGCGGAAACAACCUUGCCGAAUCUCCUGUGCGUACGGCAUUUCAAAUUGACGACGUCGAAACCGUGAAUAGUCGCCGCUUCAAUUUCAGCUUCAGUAAGUGGUACUAUUUCUUAGUAAUUAUUGUUCCAGUCUUCAUGAUCAUCCUUUACUUCAGCACCGACGUUGAUAGCCUAUUCGGAACCGGAGUUAUGAAUGCUAAUUACGAUGACUCCGUCAAUCGCAUGCGAGAGUCCGAAUUGCGGGCUCUGUAUCUGCUUAGACAGCAACAACUGGGGCUCUUCAAGCUGUUGAACAGCACAUUGAUUGAUAAUUCCUUGAACGCUACUGCCGCCAACACUAGUAAUUUUGUUUCAAAGCCCUCAUUUUCUUCUGUGUUGUCUGAAGAAUUGAAAUUGGAUUUGCUCAGUCAAAUUUCACUGAAUAAGCAAAUUGAGAAAGCACUCUUGUCGUCUCAUCAAUUAGGUAACUUGUUAAAUGCAUCGGAUAAUGCUACUGAUCCUAGUCUCGAUAAUUAUGGUGAUUUGCAAAGGUGUAGGAAGAUGGAUUAUAGAUUGUCUGACAGGAGAACUAUUGAGUGGAAACCGAGGCCGGAUAAAUUUCUGUUUGCAAUAUGUGCUUCGGGGCAAAUGUCAAACCAUUUAAUUUGUUUGGAAAAGCAUAUGUUUUUUGCUGCUCUGCUUAACCGCAUUUUGAUCAUUCCUAGCUCAAGAGUAGAUUAUGAAUUUCGUCGUGUGUUAGAUAUUGAUCAUAUCAACAAAUGCUUGGGGAGAAAAGUGGUUGUGGCUUUUGAGGAAUUUGCAAUAAGUCAAAAGGGUCAUAUGCACAUAGAUAAGUUCAUUUGUUAUUUCUCUCAGCCACAGCCAUGUUUUCUGGAUGAAGAGCAUGUUAAGAAGUUGAAGUCAUUAGGUGUUUCUAUGAAUAAGAUCGAAGCUGCUUGGGAUGAGGAUGUCAAGAACCCGAAGCCAAGGACUGUCCAAGACAUUAUGACAAAGUUUUCUUUGGAUGAUGAUGUUAUUGCAAUUGGUGAUGUAUUUUUUGCCAAUGUGGAAAAGAAAUGGGUAAUGCAACCUGGUGGGCCCAUUUCGCACAAAUGCAAGACACUCAUUGAACCAAGUCGUCUUAUAUUGCUCACUGCCCAGCGUUUCAUCCAAACAUUCUUGGGAGAGAACUUUAUUGCUCUUCAUUUUCGCAGACAUGGUUUCUUAAAGUUCUGCAAUGCCAAAAAAACUAGUUGCUUCUAUCCUGUUCCUCAAGCUGCGGAUUGUAUUAAUCGUGUGGUUGAAAGGGCCACUGCCCCAGUAAUUUAUCUUUCCACAGAUGCUGCAGAAAGUGAAACUGGUAUACUUCAGUCACUUGUUGUUGUCAAUGGCAAAACUGUGCCACUUGUUAAAAGGCCUGCUCAGAAUUCAGCUGAGAAAUGGGAUGCUUUAUUGUACAGACAUGGCCUCGAAGGAGAUCGUCAGGUGGAAGCUAUGCUGGACAAGACCAUUUGUGCUAUGUCUGACGUGUUUAUUGGAUCAAUGGGCUCUACUUUCACGGAAGAUAUUUUACGGCUUAGGAAGGACUGGGGAUCAGCAUCCCUUUGUGAUGAGUAUUUAUGCCAGGAUGAAGUUCCCAAUUUCAUUGCAGACGAUGAAUGAACCUGAUUAAUUAUUGAGAUUUUCUUGUUAUCGGGCAACACAUUCUGCUACUGAAACUGGAAGAUUUAGGAGCCCUUCCUAACAAGUUACCAUUGCCUGAGUUGAUUGCCCUACUUAUUCUAAAAAUGUUAGAAUAGACUAUCAGUCAAUAUCAAUUAU